AUGCAGCAGAAGGUAUGUGCCAGGAGGACCUCUCUCUUCACUGAGAAUGGGCAGGCUUGUGGGGCAUCUGCUGACCCCCAGCUCCCAUUCAGGUGCCCUCGGUGUGGGGAGCAUGAGAGGUUCCGUAGUCUGGCCUCCUUGAGAGCCCACCUGGAAUACAGCCACAGCUACUACCACACCAUGCACGAGCUGAGCCUCCCGACCCGCAGCGGGCAUUCUCACCCAGAGAGAGCCCUGCACGUGCGCUCCCUGAGUGACACACGAGAGGUCACUAGCUGCAUAGAGAGGUGUCGUACGCAUAGUGUGGGGAUGCAGGCAGCUGAGGAAAUAAAGACUGAGAAUGAAGAGGAGGAUGAUGAGGAGGAGGAAGAGGCCAGUAAAGAUGGUCUUAAAAUCAACAAGUCCAGCCUUGGGACAGAUCAUAUCCCUUCCCCCUUUCCAUUUGACGAAUCUCCAGACCCAGGCAGCGAGCCUGAGGGAGUGUUUCUAGAGCGGAAUGUCUGUGCCGGGGAGGUGUCGGUCCGGCGCAGGCUGGCCAAGGUCCUACGGGCAGCGGACAGCACCAUGCAGAGGAGGCUGCAUAGGCUCAGCACGGAGCUGGCCCAGACGGACACAGAGCUGAUGUGUGAGCGUGCCCACUCCCAGCACCUGGCCCAGGAGAGGCAGGCGGUACAGGAGAAGGAGAUGGCGCUGAGCCGGCAGGUGGACGUGGCUGUGAUUGUGAUUGCCACGCUGAAGGAGCAGCUGAAGGAGUCAGAGUACGAGCUGGAGAGGAGAGAACAGUGAGUGUCUGAGCCAGUAACUCAGUCUUAACCUAAACCUUUCCUUACUGUAUUCUAAGUCACAAUCUUAACCAUGAGGUCAAAUGGCAGACAACAGUUACCAAUACACUAAUCUGGUAACUCUUUAUAUUGUUGCUGUUGCAAGUGGAGUAAGACUAAUCAUUGCAGUAGCAACAUUCUUUAGUAUGUUACUAGCUACUCCCCUCAUUGUUCCCUUUAUGCCCUCAAUUUGUAGAGAAGUCAUCACCAUUCAGAAUUUCCUGGAGGCUGCCGCCCAGCAUGAGAUAUGUGGUAAAGUUCGGAUUCAACGUUUCAUUGAGAAGCUGCUCAAACGCAUCACCUUGGCUGAGAGGCUACUGGAGUACUAUCAGAGCUCCCCCAGUCCACCAAACUACACAGAUGACAUGGUACUGUACAAUAUCAAGCCUUUUCCCUACUGCUGACGGCAAUGUGUUUACAAUGGCAGAUUCCUUUUCUGUGGUAGCUGCUCUUACUUUUUUGGUUUUAUGCUUGUCAUGCAUGGCCAUGGAAAGACUGUCAGGGAGAGAGUAGAGGAUAUUACAUUUACAUUUACGUCAUUUAGCAGACGCUCUUAUCCAGAGCGACUUACAAAUUGGGUUGAUAUCAUAAUUGUUACACAUUUGAUCCAUCAUGAAAACUGUUAAUCCUAAUUGGCAUCCCAGAUUCAGAAUCACCUUUAUUUGCCAAAAACCUUUGCCUGUACAGGAAUUUGACUCUGUGAAAUGGUGCUGUCACAAUAAACAGAAUAUACAGACAGCCUAUUCAAAUGGGGUUUCUUCCUCCCUCCCUACCAAUCUAAAAAAGGGAAACAUGAUAGUUUACCAAACAUUUCAGAACUGGAUAAUAUCAGCUUUUGAGCUUGGGUGUAAACAGUAGAAAUACCUGACAUCCUUUUCCUCUCCCCUGCAGCACCAGACAGCUGAAAACAGACCUCAUAGAAUCACCAAAAGCAGGCAAGUUUGUGAACUAGAUCUUUUACUGUUGAUAGACAGUGGGGAGAACAAGUAUUUGAUACACUGCCGAUUUUGCAGGUUUUCCUACUUACAAAGCAUGUAGAGGUCUGUCAUUUUUAUCAUAGGUACACUUCAACUGUGAGAGACGGAAUCUAAAACAAAAAUCCAGAAAAUCACAUUGUAUGAUUUUUAAGUAAUUCAUUUGCAUUUUAUUGCAUGACAUAAGUAUUUGAUACAUCAGAAAAGCAGAACUUAAUAUUUGGUACAGAAACCUUUGUUUGCAAUUACAGAGAUCAUACGUUUCCUGUAGGUCUUGACCAGGUUUGCACACACUGCAGCAGGGAUUUUGGCCCACUCCUCCAUACAGACCUUCUCCAGAUCCUUCAGGUUUCGGGGCUGUCGCUGGGCAAUACGGACUUUCAGCUCCCUCCAAAGAUUUUCUAUUGGGUUCAGCUCUGGAGACUGGCUAGGCCACUCCAGGACCUUGAGAUGCUUCUUACGGAGCCACUCCUUAGUUGCCCUGGCUGUGUGUUUCGGGUCGUUGUCAUGCUGGAAGACCCAGCCACGACCCAUCUUCAAUGCUCUUACUGAGGGAAGGAGGUUGUUGGCCAAGAUCUCGCGAUACAUGGCCCCAUCCAUCCUCCCCUCAAUACGGUGCAGUCGUCCUGUCCCCUUUGCAGAAAAACAUCCCCAAAGAAUGAUGUUUCCACCUCCAUGCUUCACGGUUGGGAUGGUGUUCUUGGGGUUGUACUCAUCCUUCUUCUUCCUCCAAACACGGCGAGUGGAGUUUAGACCAAAAAGCUAUAUUUUUGUCUCAUCAGACCACAUGACCUUCUCCCAUUCCUCCUCUGGAUCAUCCAGAUGGUCAUUGGCAAACUUCAGACGGGCCUGGACAUGCGCUGGCUUGAGCAGGGGGACCUUGCGUGCCCUGCAGGAUUUUAAUCUAUGACGGCGUAGUGUGUUACUAAUGGUUUUCUUUGAGACUGUGGUCCCAGCUCUCUUCAGGUCAUUGACCAGGUCCUGCUGUGUAGUUCUGGGCUGAUCCCUCACCUUCCUCAUGAUCAUUGAUGCCCCAUGAGGUGAGAUCUUGCAUGGAGCCCCAGACCGAGGAUGAUUGACCGUCAUCUUGAACUUCUUCAAUUUUCUAAUAAUUGCGCCAACAGUUGUUGCCUUCUCACCAAGCUGCUUGCCUAUUGUCCUGUAGCCCAUCCCAGCCUUGUGCAGGUCUACAAUUUUAUCCCUGAUGUCCUUACGUAGCUCUCUAGUCUUGGCCAUUGUGGAGAGGUUGGAGUCUGUUUGAUUGAGUGUGUGGACAGGUGUCUUUUAUACAGGUAACGAGUUCAAACAGGUGCAGUUAAUACAGGUAAUGAGUGGAGAACAGGAGGGCUUCUUAAAGAAAAACGAACAGGUCUGUGAGAGCCGGAAUUCUUACUGGUUGGUAGGUGAUCAAAUACUUAUGUCAUGCAAUAAAAUGCAAAUUAAUUACUUAAAAAUCAUACAAUGUGAUUUUCUGGAUUUUUGUUUUAGAUUCCGUCUCUCACAGUUGAAGUGUACCUAUGAUAAAAAUUACAGACCUCUACAUGCUUUGUAAGUAGGAAAACCUGCAAAAUCGGCAGUGUAUCAAAUACUUGUUCUCCCCACUGUAUGUUUUACGGUUUCCAUAGUAGGCCCAUGUGCUUUGGGCCCUGGUUUAGUGUCUCACUUUGAUUAUAAUCCUACGUUUCUAGUUUCAAAGGUUAGUACAUGGUUACAUAUAAAUUAUACACAGGGAUCCCUUGUCGCCAAUGAGAUUUUGUGUCAUCCUCAUUCAUUAGUAAUGAUUCUACACGUUAGACGUUUUAUCUUCUCCGCUAAUCCUGAGUCUGUCAUUGUUGCCUGCUGUUGGUUGAAGCAUUGGGUUUGUCUCUAACGUUGGUUGUGCUGUCCUCUGAUUCUAGGUCAGCGGGUUGUCAGCUGUCACAGUCCUGUCCCCAGGAAGGUAGAACGCACCCUUCCCAGUUAGGACGGAAAGUGGGUCACUCUGGCUACUUCAGACCUGAUCGCAGAGAUGAAGUCUGGAGGCAGUGCAGCAGAUCAGCUGGAUUUGAGGACUAG